AGUCGAUACUUUUUCUCCUUUCUUUCUUUCAAAAUCUGAGUCGUUACUGGUUGUUGAUCGUUGGUCAAGCAAUAAAACAGUGACACACAUUUUUAAAACUUCUAUUAUGGACAAGCGAGCUUUCUUCAAUUCUUCUACCUCUUGAACUGCAAGAGUUUUGGCACAAAAUUUUCAUUUUAUGUUGUGUUGAUAGUCUCUUAUUAUCUUCAGUUCACUGCUUAGUUUACUAGGAGCAAAAGAACCAUGCCUAUGGAGCUUGUGGCGGAGCUCUUCUGGAUGCUCUAUUCGGUGUUUUGUUCAAUAGACUCGCUUCUCCGGAAGUCGUUGCUUUCUUCAAGAGCAGGAAGCUCAAUGACAAGUUGCUCAAGAGGUUGAAGAUAAAGCUGCUGUCCGUGAGAGGAGUGCUCGACGACGCCGAAGGGAAGCAGAUAAGAAAUUCUGCGGUGAAAGAUUGGCUUGAAGAGCUCAAAGAUGCUGCGUUUGAUGCCGAUGAUCUGUUGGAUGAUAUCGAGACGGAGGCGAAGUUGGGACCAAUGAACGAGGCACUGAAUUUCUCGUUGGCUUCAUCGAAUUCGUAUGAGAAAGACAUUGAAGAUAUAAUUGAGAGGUUAGAAUGUCUUAUUGAAGAAAAAGAUGUUCUUCGUUUGCAAGUGGGAAUAUGUUUUAGAUGGUCACCGAAAACGCCCACAACUUCUCUGGUGGAAGAAUCUGAAGCCUACGGUAGGGAUGGUGAUAGGGAGGCCAUUGUUGAAUUGUUGUUGUCUGGAAAUUCCAGUGAUGAGAAAAUAAGGGUUAUUCCCAUUGUAGGUAUGGGCGGAGUUGGGAAAUCAACGUUGGCCCAACUGGUAUACAAUGAUGAGCGAGUGAAAACGGUGUUUGAGCUAAAGGCAUGGGUGUGCGUUUCUGAAGAAUUUGAUGUUGUUAGGGUUACAAAGUUAAUUUUGGAGGCCAUUGGUUUAGGUGGUCAUGGUACCAAUGAUUUGAAUUCGCUUCAAUUAAAAUUGAAAGAGAUGCUUUAUGGGAGAAAGUUUUUGAUUGUUCUUGACGAUGUUUGGAAUGAGAAUUAUGAUGAAUGGUGUCAUUUGAAGAGGCCUUUUCAAUAUGGAGCUCAAGCCAGUAGAAUUGUAGUGACCACACGGAGCCAGCGUGUUGCAUCAAUCAUGCAAACUGUUGAAUCAUAUAAGCUUAAGUACUUGUCUGAUGAAGAUUGCUGGAACUUGUUUGCAAAACAUGCGUAUGGUUAUAAAAAUUCAAGUACAAAUCCCAGUAUUGAUAAGAUUGGAAGAAAAAUUGUGAAGAAGUGCAAAGGACUGCCUUUAGCUGCAAAAACUCUUGGAGGCCUUCUGCGAUCAACUUCUGACUGUAAAGAAUGGGAAAAUAUAUCAAGGAGUGACAUAUGGGAUUUAACAGAGACGGAAAGCAAUAUUCUUCCUGCUUUGCUGUUAAGUUAUCACUAUCUCCCUUCACAUCUGAAGAGAUGCUUUGCUUACUGCUCUAUAUUUUCAAAGGGUUAUAAAUUUGAGAAGGAGGAGUUGAUUUUGCUUUGGAUGGCUGAAAAUUUACUUCAGAUUCCUCUGAAAGGCGAGAGAAUUGAAGACAUUGGAGAUAAGUAUUUUCUUGAGUUAGUAUCAAGAUCAUUUUUUCAACAAUCAGGAUCUGCUGGACAACAUUUUGUAAUGCAUGAUCUUGUAAAUGACUUGGCUCAUUUUGUGUCUGGCAGAUUUUGUGUUAGGCUAGAGGAUGACAACUCAGAUAUAAAUGUUGACAGAAGAAUGCGCUAUUUAUCAUUUCACGCUGCUCAUGGGUUUGUGAAUUUUGAAGCUAUUGACAGAAACAAUCGAUUGCGCACCUUGCUCACUCAAGGCAACGCUUUUCAUGAUCAUAAAUUGCAAGAUGAUACAAUUUCAAAACUAAUAUGCCUAAGAGUGUUAUCAUUCUCAUUCUUGAGUAUCUUGGAGGAGUUGCCUGAAUCAAUUGGCUUACUACGGCAUCUUCGUUAUUUAAAAGUAUCUGGAACAAGAAUUAAAAGGUUUCCUGAUUCUAUUUGCAGUUUAUACAAUUUGCAGACAUUGAAGGCGACAUGGUGCAUUAAUCUUGCUGAGCUACCUCAAGAUAUGCAUAAUCUGGUUAAUUUGCGGCACCUGCAUAUUGGAUAUACUCAAAUAAAAGAGAUGCCACCGCACAUGAGUAAAUUAAGAAGCCUCCAACAUUUAAGUCACUUUAUAGUUGGGAAAGAUUAUGGUUGUUCAGUCGGUGAGCUGGGACAACUCCCCAAUAUACGAGGUUCUUUCUCGAUAAAAAAUUUGAAACAUGUUGUUCAUCCCAAGGAGGCUAUGGAGGCUAGGUUAUGUGACAAGAAAUAUCUGACACAGCUGGAUCUGAAUUGGGGUCAUGAUACUGAUACAGAUGACUCACAGCAUGAGAAGUAUGUACUUGAUCAUCUACAACCCCACGCAGGGAACCUUAAUGAGCUCUCGAUACGUAACUAUACAGGUACUGAAUUUCCAAAUUGGUUGGGAGACUUUGCAUUCUGUAACCUAUCAUCUGUAAGCCUUGAAAAUUGUAAGUAUUGUUAUGUAUUGCCUCCACUUGGGAACCUUCCCUGUCUAAAACGGCUUGAAAUUUCAAAUUUCAAGAUGCUGCAGAGUGUCGGAAGAGAAUUUUAUGGGAAAUUUUCUUGUGGUGUGAAUGCCAUCCAGUCUUUUGCUUCACUAGAAGUUUUGAAAUUUUACCAUAUGCAAGCAUGGGAGAGAUGGAGUCACCCAGAUGACAAGGCAAGCUGCAUAGCUUUUCCUUGUCUUAGACAAGUUGUUAUCUGUGACUGUCCUAGACUGAUUGGUGAUUUGCCAAAAGCCCUUCCAUGCUUAACGCAGCUUAAAAUUCAAGACUCUGGGAAAUUUUUUUCUUCACUCCCCUGUACUCAGGUGAUAAAUGAAUUACUCAUUCUUGGCUGCUCCAACCCAGAAUUCCCAGUAUUAGUUGGUGUAAACCAAUGCUAUCAGUUACUUGAAUUGUUGGAAAUAAGAUGUUGUCACUCGCUCAAGUCUUUUCCAUUGGAUCUCUUUCCCAAUCUUAAAUCUCUCAGAAUUUCAUAUUGUGAGAAUCUAGAAUCACUUGCUAUUUCAGCCGAAGACGGACAAGGAAACCUAGAGGAAAGGCCCCAAAAUCUCAUAGCUCUUCAGUCCUUGUCCAUUUAUGGGUGUCCAAAUUUGCUCUCUUUUCCCAGUGGAGGUUUGCCAGCCCCAAAUCUCACUUCUUUAAGCAUUGAAUUCUGUCCAAAAUUGAAGUCCCUCCCUGAAAGAAUGCAUUGCCUCCUUCCAAGUUUGGAAGCUCUUACAAUAUGGGACUGUCCAGAUAUGAAUUUAUGUCCAGAUGGUGGUUUACCCUCUAGUUUGAAAUCCCUGGAGUUCUCUGAUUCGGAUAAUCUUGUUGCCAAUGGAAUGAACCUGCACAGGCAAUCUCCUUCUGGGCUCACACUCUUUACCAUCCACACUGCUUUUCAAGACGCAGAAUCAUAUCCACCAGAAGGAGUGCUACCAGGUACUCUUACUGGACUAAACAUCAGCAAUUCGCCUAGGCUCAAAACUCUGAACACCAAGGGGCUGGAACAUCUGAACUCUCUCAGACAAUUGGAUAUCUAUAGAUGUCCUAAGCUGGAUCAAUAACAGAAGAUGGAAAGAUGCCUCCUUCUCUCACUGAACUCAGCAUCAACGGUUCUCCUUUGCUUGAACAUCAUUUUGAGAAGGACAUUGGAAAAUACUGGCCCAUGAUUUGUCACAUUCCAACCGUUAAAGUCAAUGGCAGAUAUCUCAAAUUUGAAGGUCGGCAAGAAUUGUAAAUAUAAGUGGUUCCUGCGGAACACGAGAACUCAACUCAAAAUGAGCAAUGGUCUUUCAGAACUUGCCUGGCAAGAUCAAGAGCUCCACUCUUCUUGUAGAUUAAAUGCAGAUUGUGAGCUGCUUCUCUGCGAAGGUCACAAUAACCAGGUUGAUGGUUCUCCACGGCAUCGGGAUUCCCAUCCGGAAGCUUCGGAAUGGGAUAGUCUUUCACACGAAUAGCAAGAACUUUCUCAUAAUAUAAAGCUGCCAGAGUUACCAUACCCACGUGAUGGUAUGCUCGUGCUAUGUUGUAUAAGGAUUCCUGUAGAAGUUUAGAACAGCUUGCUUGCUUCAGUUUCACUAUAGUUGAACCAACAUGUAACAGUUGGGGGAAAAGAGACUAAUGACAGCAAUCAACCUGCUUAAGUUUACAACCUUACAUUAAUGGAGAUUAUUCACCAGUUA